UUUUUGCGGCGUUGUUGUGUCCCAGAUUCGAAAUUAUCUAUUUACGCGAAAUCAUGCACGACAUAAAGGAGGUGAUCACGAUUCUUUGCAAAUAUUUAAACGACACGGUCGAUAGUACUUUGACGCCGGAGCAUUUUAGAUUAGCCAAGUAUGAUAAAAGCUCGGAGGAUGUUAUAAAUUCUUUCUGGGCUACGUUAGACAAGCUGACGUAUUUUGCGUUGAAAGAAUUGAACGACACGAUCUCUUUCAACGACUUUGACAAAUGCAUGAGGACCAAGUUUCGCUUAGCAUACUUGCAAUAUCCUUGUUUGGAGAUUUACAGCUUCUCAACACACAAUUCCAGGAGCAGAGUGUUGAUGGUUGCUCUCACAUGGUUAAUUACAAAAUACAACGUUUUAGGAAAUGUUGUUCGAUUGAAAUUGCUGGAUAGUUCUCUGGGAAGAGAGUUUUCCAAAGUUAGCACUGAUUCGGCUGCGGAGACUAAUGAUGCAAAAUUAUCAACAGUAUCCAACCAAAUGAAUAAUUUAUUGAUAAAAGCUCACAAAUUGAGUAAUAAUUUGAAAGCUAUUUCUGAGCUGAAUGUAGAAAAAGUAAAGCUAAUGACUAGGGUUCAUGCCGCUAGCAUAACAACCAGUGGAUUACCUCAUUUGACUGUAUCUGAAAUGGCGUUGAUAAAAAAUAUGGCUGUCAAGAAGAAUAACAACGAAGCAGAGCUUCUGAGGAUAAAAGAAAUGGAACAAACAGCGUCAAUGUUAGAUACAAGCAUGAAGUGGAGUAAAAAGAGUCAUGUAUUUCACACGUGGAUGAAUACGGUUCUGGACGAAUGUGAAAAAAUAGAAGAGCCAAUAUUUUCAGAUGAAGCUUCAACUCAAUUGGCAAGAUUUAUUUAUCUUCUAAGACAUAUAAUCAAAAGACAACUAAAGUCUUUUAAAAACCAUGAUCAUCGUUUGCCAUUCAUCAAUUCUAUUCAAGAUUGCCCUUCAAGACUCUUGAGAGUUCAAAAGUGCAUCACUGAAGCCCAUGCUUGUUUAUCAGAAACAAACAACCGGCUUGAUAUUAUGGAGGGCAAUCUAGUAAAAAAGAGAACCGAUUUAGAAAUAGAACUCAAAUCUGUUUUAAGUUUGAUACCCAAUUGUGUUCAAGUAUGAAUUACGUUAUUGUGAUGGAUAAGAUCUUUUUGUACAGCUUCAAAGACUGAUUAGCGAGUAAAAUUCCGCGAUAAUUUAUAAAAAAAAUAAUAUAUUGUCUCUCUGUAAAACUAAAGAUUGAAUCGUUAUGUAUGUAUUAUUAUAUGAAAGAAUAUAUAUUUUAUAUUUAUAAACUUAA